AUGCAAAGCCAUCACAAUCGAAGCAGGCUCAGCGUCAUUCUACGGCCCAGAUUCAUCCCUUGUUUCUCUUCACCACUCUCCCUCUUCGUCGUCCUCGCUGCCGUUCCUUUUCCGAUCUACUUCUCCGGUCUGCUCUCAUCUUUCUCGGGCAGAAACAACAAGGCGGCUUCAGUUAUGAGACUCAACUCGAACUUAGCUUCAACGGUGGAGCCGAAUAUUUCGUGCACGACUUUCAAUAUAUUGGCUCCGAUUUACAAACGGGUUGAUCAACUGAAUCCGAGCAUCCGAGAGAGUGAUUUCCGCCAGCUUUGGUUUCCUCGGAACCAGAUGAUUUUAGAUUGUUUACUCCAUCAACGCUCUUCAGUCAUCUCUCUCCAGGAAGUCUGGGUUGGGAAUGAGGAAUUGGUGAACAUGUACCACGAUCGGCUUGGCUCUGCAGGCUACACCAUCUACCAGUUGGCUAGAACAAACGGUCGUGGUGAUGGUCUUUUAACUGCAAUCCAUAAGGACUACUUUAAGCUUGUAAAUUACCGGGAGCUGCUCUUUAACGAUUUCGGAGACCGUGUUGCUCAGCUCUUGCAUGUCAAAUCAGUUGUUCCCUUUCCACUCGAUGGGAAACAAGACUUUCAACAAGAAGUCCUUAUGGUGAACACUCAUCUCUUGUUCCCACAUGAUUCUAGUCUGUCUAUUGUAAGAUUGCAUCAGGUUUACAAAAUUCUCGAAUAUCUGGAAGCUUACCAAAAGGAAAACAAACUUGCCCAUAUGCCCAUUAUUCUAUGCGGUGAUUGGAAUGGAAGCAAGCGUGGGCAUGUCUACAAAUUCUUGAGAUCUCAAGGGUUUAUAUCAUCGUAUGAUGUUGCUCAUCAGUAUACUGACAGUGAUGCUCAUAGGUGGGUUAGCCAUAGGAACCACAGGGGAAACAUAUGCGGAGUUGACUUCAUAUGGCUCUGUAACCCUAACAAUUCAAGAAAACCAUUGAGAACAAGUUGGGUGGAAGCUGUUUUCAGCAUUAUCAAGUAUCAACUCCAGAAAGCUUCUAUAGCCGAGGACAAUGCCUUUGCUUUUCUUGGGGCAAACAAUCGCAGUGAUUCACUAACCUACCCAGACUUUUGCCAAGCACUUCAAAAGGUAAAUCUGACGGGUAUUCCACAUGGACUUAGCUUCGAAGAAACAAAAGAGCUAUGGGUUCGAGCUGAUCUUGAUGGAAAUGGUGUCUUCGACUAUGAAGAGCUCAAGAAAAUUUGGAACAUGACGAUGAUGAAUCAGUCUGGAAACUGCAAAGAGAGUAUGAUGGUGAGUAGGAAAGAAGAAGAAGAAGAAGAAGAAGAAGAAGAAGCGAUUGGAUUGAAAGUGAAGAAAGCGGUUCUGUUUCCGGAAGAAGCAGAGAAAGGAUUGUGGCCAGAGAGUUACAGCCUCUCGGAUCAUGCUUGCCUCACCGUACAUUUCUCUCCCGUCAAAAUGCUCUGUAGCUAA